UGUAUCAUUGUAUAUAUGACUAGACACUGUAAAUACUUCCUGGUGGUGUAGUGCGGGCGGCGCGAGGACAGGGACAGUGCUGCUCACUUCGCAUCCUUCAUCAGACGAUGUUGAGGUUGUUGUAGUCAGCGAGCGACAGGCUUUCGACAGACGGUGUUAGCCCUUGAUGUUGACUGUCUAAUGAUGUUGUGUCUUCAGACAAUAAUUGUGUUUGUCGUUGUUUGUCAUAUGGUGGCCAUUUGCAGGGCGGACUCUGCUGGUUGUAAAGACACAUGGGAUGAUAAUUACUGCUCGAAUGCGUUUAGCAGAGACCCCAAAAUAUGUAAUGAUAGCUAUUACCGACCCAAGUGUAGGAGUACUUGUGGAUUAUGUGACGAGUGCAUGGACUUGCGCAGUGACUGCUCUGUAGCCGACUGUAGGAAUAACGUGUGGAAAGUACAGUGUAGGAAGAGGUGUUCGGCCUGUGUACAAGAGGUCAGAGGAGGAGGUGUGGGAGAUGAAACUACGACCUUCACAACCUCGACAACUACUACAACAUGGGGAGUGUGGGGCAGCUGGACAUGCAGCGUCACCUGUGGACGAGGAACAGAGACAAGGACACGUACCUGUACUCCGCCAGGCGCCACGUGUGCAGGUGUCGCGAGUGAAACACGAGAUUGUGAGAGACCAGCGUGUUGCGUUCCUAGACAUGGACAGUGGAGCAUCUGGGGCAGCUGGUCAUCGUGUUCUCGAUCUUGUGGUGGAGGAACACAAACAAGGUCAAGGACGUGUGAAGAAUCCAACGACUGUGUACGACCUUGUCAGGGGAACUACUCUGAAUACCAAGACUGCAAUGUUAAGGAAUGUCCGAGAGCACCCGCUGUACCUUCCAUCACCACAGACCCACAAACCUCACCAUUAAGUGCCGGUGUCACGGUGACCUUAACCUGCAGCAGCCUUGACCUGGGAUCUCCACCAGCGACACUAACGUGGGACACUGCGAGACAAGGAACAAGGACCUCUCUAGUGGAUGAUGACACAACACGUCUUGAGAUACCUAACAUAUCAGUUGAAGACGAUGGGCUGAGUGUGAAAUGUCAGGCCAACAACACGGUCUCACCAAAGGAAAAGUCAAUUGUACUUCGUGUUGACCAAAAUGCAUCUUUUGGAGAAUGUCAUGUGUCAGCCAGCAGCGCCACCUGGGAGGUGAUGGGUUACUGUGACAUUACUAAAGUAUUUUCAAGUAACAAUCAGUAUGACUGUCAAUGGCGUGAAAUUAAAGGACAUAAUACAAACAAUAUCUCCAGUUCCUUCAAUCUGUCUCUAAUCACACCUGGAAGGAAACUACAGAGAGGAAAGUGUGGCUUUAAGACAAGUAUUCCUCGAGACUUUCCUGAACUGAGUGAAGUAAGCAGAGAACUUAAAUAUCAAAUGUACUUUAACCCUGGAGGUACAUGGAGUCCCAUCAUCAAUGUUUCUGUAGUUUCUCCCAAGGCGCCGACACUGACCUGCCCUGCUGACGUCAUGGAAGGCUCGAACAUCAACUGCACGUGCAGCACGAGCGAUGUAGGAGAGCCUCAAGGUCGUCUGCUUUUAUUCUAUAAUGACCAGCUACAACACACGGGACAGUACGGUCAGAAGGUCAUCGUCUUGUCACGUGACGCUGUUCGUGAGGACAACAAUGCCAGAGUCAGUUGUCGUCUACACUGGGCGAGAAAUACGUUUGCUGACAGAGACUGGACACUUCGCGUAACGUUGUUUCCAGCCGAGUGUUCAGACAACCUAACGGACUGUCCACGUCUCGCCACGCGCUGUGCCGACAGUUUUGUACAAGAGUUUUGCAGGAAGACGUGUUCACGAUGUCAUGUACACAGCGAUUCCUCUGAUGCUGCAACCAGUAAGAGGAAAGACAGAAGUUUGGACACCACAGUCUGAAUGUGACUAAUCGCCUGACAGCCCGAAGCCUUGAAAUCAGCCGGAAACCGUUCGGCUUUGAAACUUCAAGAUAAUAAACAUGUUUCCUGAUA